AUAAAAUUCAAAAAGUUUAAAUUGAACUCCAGAGUUAACCAGUGCCAAUUAGUUUCUCCUGCCGCCACCCUCUGCUCAGAAGGAGCUAUAGUAAGUGAAAGCACGAGCCUUCAGUUUUGGAAGGGAGAGCUUUCACUGACCUCGUUGUCAAAGACGUCAAAAGUACAAUGCCCACCGAGAUGAUUGUAGGGUUCCUCCUCCCUCCCCUGUUUACUAGGUCUCUCUCUCUCUCAUUUUUUCUUCCUCCUCGAGCUCGCUUGUGCGCUUUGCUGGUUAAGUGGGCGAUCGCCCCGCGCGCGCGCGCGCGCCUCUUGUAUAUAAGAUAAAGCAGGCAUUCUUCUCAUCUUCUCUUCUCCUUCUCGAGGCUUUUGUUCGUCUUGCUCAAGGCCGUGAGCAUUCAUUGUGGCGCACAAACAAACAAAGAGGCGAGGCCGAGUGGUGCUUGUCCGAUUGCGAGGCGGCCUCGUAGAGUGUUGUCGGUCGGACAGGGCGGGGAUCUGCAGAUGAUUUGCUAGAACAAACACCACAUCAGUAGCAGCGCUAGCAGCAGCAGAGCAGCAGUAUAGCAGGCCACCCACAACAAAAACAAGCGCACGAAGAACAAAAAAGGAGAGAUCAAAAUUAAUGGUCGCGCGAGGGAGACAGUCCAAAAGGAGGAGAGGGAGGAGGCGAGAGUCCGACCUUGGAAGAGGAGCUGGAACUGGAGGAGCCGCCGCUGCUGCCGCUUGAGAUGUAUGGAAUGCUCUCUGGCCAACACCAUGGAACGUCGUUUCCCGUCUUUCACCAGCAGCAGCAGCAGCAGCAGGAGCUCUACGAGACGUGCCAGCGGGAGGAGCAAAUCUGCCUCAAUGGGCUCCUGAGCUCCACCGCCACCACCACCACCAGUAGCAGCAGCAGCGGUAGCAGCCAUAGCCACAGCCACGCUGCGGUGUUCUUGAGCAGCAGCAAGUCCUUGAAAGCUGCGCUGAGCAGCAACAAUAUCACCGGCAGCAACAGCAACAGCAGCUGGGAAGUCGCCACUGCCACUGCCACUGCUACUGGUGCUGCUGCGAGGACUGGACAGCAGCUGCCAGAGCGGGAACACUUCCACCACCAGCAGCAGCACUACAACCACAACCAACAGUUGUUAGCGAUAGAUUCAACAGGAGUGAUUAGCAGCACUACCGCCGGUGGUGGAUUCGCCGGAGAGCCAACUUCCGUUCUGGAUCUUCGCAGCCCAAGCCCCAACAAUUCUCGCGCGCUCGGCUCGGCCUCCUCCUCCUCGGCCAUCCAGAACAAUACCAAGAAGGCAGGAGCCUCCUCCUCUUCCUCGUCGGAUUGCAACAAUAGCACCACCGAUGCUGCCAAGGUGAAGUCCAGAGGGAAUCAUCACCAGGAGCAGCAGCAGCAGCGGCAGCAGCAGCAGAUAUCUUCCUCGUUUGCGCAGUCGUCGUCCUCGGCGGAUCUACAGGAUGAAUUGGAGCAGGCCGUGGCAGCAGCGUCGACUGGUUAUGGACUGUCGCUCUUCUACUCUGGCCAAGGAAUUCGCCAGAUGGAGAAUUACGGUGGAUACGAGCAACAGCAGCAGCAGCAGCAACAACAACAACAACAGCAGCCUCCGCAGGAACUUCUCCAUCAGCAGCACCAAGGCAGGAGCGAUCAGUGGCUGCUCCAAGACGUGGUCGGAGCCCAGCAGGACGAGUUGCUUGUCCACCAUCUCCACCAGCAGCAACACUUGCUCCCCGAGAAGCAAAAACUGGAAGAGCUUGAGAGCGAGUUGCUUGGGAGUUGCCCUUCACCUGGAGUACCACCAGCAGCUCCAGCACCUGAUCCGUCCAUCAUACGGUGGCUGUUUGAAGAGCCUUUCAGCGGUUCCGCGGCAGCCGCAGCAGGGGCAGCAGAUGUGAACGUAAUUCCGCCUCCUCCACCAUGGCAGCAGCAGGUGAUGAUGAUGGUAAAGCAGGAGCAGCCACAGCAGCUCUCCUCGUCCUCGUCAACCAGCUCGCUUCCCCCGCAUCUUGCUCAUCUCGAGAGCUUUACACGGAGGACACUACCGUUGGUAUCAUCGGGAGCUCCCCUGUUCCACCACCCCCAUCCCAUGCAGUUUCAAGACCCCCUGGCUCUUAGCGGCAGCAUGAAUCCCUUGUGGCAGCAGCAGCAGCAACAGCAUAAUCUUCAGAUUGGUUUGGAGCACCAGCAGCAGCACAGGGAACCGUUCUUACUUGGAAUGCUUCAAGAUGAGCAGCACCAGCAGCACAUGCCCAACUUGUUCGGACAAGCUCCCAUGAGCUUCAUGCGAGCUUCUUCACCAAGGGCUCUCCACCCCGGGCUGUUUGUCGAGAAUCCAGGUCCCAGCCCUUUGCAACUCCUCCAGCAGCAGCAGGAGCGAGAGUUGCAACAAGCUGGUAAACGGCAGGCUUCACGGAUACCAUACGUGGACGAGCACGUCCUGUUGAGGCCGCAGCCGCUGCCGCCGAGCCUCAAGAGAGAGCAGCAGGAGCUUCAACACCCGUCGAGCAAGGUGGCGAGGCAGUCUCCACCGAAUGCCCAACCGGGGCAUCCGUUACAACAGCACGUCUUAAGCUCGAAUUCCGGAGCGUUUCCGAGCAGGUUGUUGCUGCAUGCGGCAGAGGCCUGCGAGAGCGGUCAGGACGAACUCGCCCAGUCGAUAUUGGCGCGGCUCAAUGAUCACCACCACCACCAAGUUUUCCUGCAACAACAGGAGCACCAUCAGAAUCAACAGUUCCAUAAGCUCCAACCUCCAGCUUAUCGAAUCGGCCUCCUCUUCAGGGAUAUCCUCGCGGAGAGGCUGUCCAAGAGGAAAGCACGGAGUUCCACUCCAGCUCCCGCUUCGACGGAUGCGACGGAGGUCGUCGAGCGGAUUGCUGCUUGCAAGAGCCUGUAUGACACCUCCACUCUGCUCAAGUGUGCACACUUCAUCGCCAACCAGGCCAUCGCCGAGGCCAUCGAGUCCGAGGAAUGCGUGCACAUCCUCGAUCUGUCCGAAGCAGCCAACUCGCCCUCAAUGAACUCUUCCUUCGGGGGUCAGUGGUCAUCCUUCGUAGCCUCCACCCUCGAGCAGAAGCUCCCCAGGCCGAUCAAAAUUCGAAUAACUCUGACCAGCACCCGCCAGCAUGCACUCUACUUCGCCUUGGAGAGCUUGAGAGAGCUGGCUCGGGACCAUCCCAAGAAUGCCGGAUGCGCGGAGUUUGAGUUCUGUGGCGUGCUAACACGGUCAGGAAGUCCGUUGAGCUUGUCCGACAUGGGCCUUAAGGUGCACGAGGUGCUCGUCGUCAACUUUGUGUUCGGACUUCACAAGUUGGUACCUGUUGCCGAGGCACUGGAUUCCAUCCGAGCUUCCCACCCGAAGAUAGUGUUGCUUGUCGAGCAGGAGAUGGAGCCACAGCCUUCGUUCAUCGAACGUUUCCGAGAAGGCUUGGACUACUACACGGCACUGGCAGAGUGUGUUGCUGCUUCAGAGGAAUGCUCCCUGAAGGAAGCAGACAAAGUUGAACAGCUGGUAUGGAAGCCCGAGGUCGAAGAGCUGCUCGCUGGAAAUUUGGAGCACCAGCGGCUGGAGAAAUGGAACCUGUGGAUGAGUCACGCCGGCCUGUGCUGCUCCAGACUCAGUGACAUGUGCGAGAAGCUUGCGCUCGGCCUGUUCAACUUCGAGAAGGCCGGUAAUAACAAGACCAGGGGAUUUGACCUCGUCAAGGACGACGGAAGCCUGCUGCUCGGUUUCCAAGGAAAGGUCUUAGCUUCUGCGUCUGCCUGGAAAUGCUGCUGAACCUGGUUGGUCGUAGGGUUGAUUAUUGACAAAGCUUCCCGGCUUGUAGCAAAGUGCUGGCUGGCUAUUUUCUUGCUAGGCACCUGAGAGGCUUGUUUGUAGAUGAAAACUCGAUAAAGUCACCAAAGAAACCUUCAAUUA